GCGGCCAGGGCGGCAGGGACCGCGGGGGCGGGCCGGGCCGGGCGGCGCGGCGCGGCGCGGCGGCGGCUCACGUGACCAGGCCCAGCUGACUGCUGGGCGGGCGGCGCCGCGUAUGGCGCCGGCGGGCGUGGGGGAGCAGCGCGGCUCGCGGCAACGAUGAACGGGGCGCAGGAGGCGGCGGAGCCGGCGGCGGUGUGGGAGCGGCCCUGGUCGCUGGAGGAGAUCCGUAAGGGCAGCCAGAGCUGGUCCUUGGCCUCGGACGCCGGGCUUCUGCGCUUCCUGCAAGAGUUCUCCCAGCAGACCAUCUCCAGGACUCACGAGAUCAAAAAGCAAGUAGACGGAUUGAUCAGUGAAACAAAAGCCACAGACUGUCGCCUCCAUAAUGUCUUCAAUGACUUUCUUAUGUUGUCCAACACGCAGUUCAUAGAGAACAGAGUAUAUGAUGAAGAAGUGGAAGAGCCUAUUCCCAAAGCUGAUGUUGGAGACAAAACAGAGCAGGAAAAGACCCGGGAACAGAAAGAAGCUGAUCUGAUCCCCAAAAUCCAAGAAGCAGUGAACUAUGGAUUGCAAGUUCUGGACAGUGCAUUUGAGCAGCUAGACAUCAAAGCAGGCAAUUCUGACUCGGAAGAGGAAGAAAGUAACGAAAGGGUGGAACUAAUACUUGAGCCAAAGGAUCUCUAUAUUGACAGGCCUUUACCUUACUUAAUUGGCUCUCAGCAGUUCAUGGAACAAGAUGAUGUUGGCUUGGGAGAUCUCUCUAGUGAAGAAGGCUCAGUAGAUAGUGAUCGUGGAAGUGUAAUUGACAGUGAAGAAAAGGAUGAAGAGGAAUCAGAUGAUGAAUUUGGAAAUCCUAGUGAAGAUGACCAAAAGAUGAGGACAGCACUGGUGAGUGAUGAAGAUGAUGAUGAUGGCUGUGAUCUCUUUGACUCUGAAAAAGAGGAAGAUGAAGAUGGAGACUUAGAUGAAACUGCAAGGCCUAAAAAGAAAAAGCCAACAUCCUUUGCAGACGAGCUGGCAGCCCGAAUCAAAGGAGAAGUACCAGUCAAACAGGAUGAAGAGCGGUCAUCCCUGUCAUCGGAGACCAAAACGAGGAAAAAUCUGAAAGAGAAGAAGGAAGUUAGAGUUCCAUCUGAUGAUGAUGAAGAUGACAUCUUCAAGCCUCCCAAGCUGACUGACGAAGACUUCACGCCUUUCGGUUCCAGAGGUGGCCUCUUCAGUGGUGGGACAGGCCUCUUUGAUGACGAUGAGGAGAGUGAUCUUUUUGCUGAAGCACCAAAAAGAGAAGAAUCAAAAGAGCAAGAGGAGCGAGUUCCAAUAAAUGAAGCAUCCUCCACAAAGUCCUUAAAGAAAGUUCCUGCAGGUGCAGUGUCUCUGUUCCCAGGUGGGAGCGAUGUGUUUAAUUCCUCUGUAAUUGUGGAAAAAGCCAAGAAACCUGUGGCACAGAGUACAGAGAAGACCUCCAAACAGCCUGGCAAAGUUGCUCUAUUUGAUGAUGACGACGACGACUUCUUUGUGGCAACUAAGAAGCCUCCAGAUUCAGUCAAGUCCACAUCUGAUCUAUUUGACGACGACGAAGGUGACUUAUUCAAGGAAAAACCUGUCAUUCCUCCUGUGGCUGCCAGCACAACUAAAGAAGCAGAAAGCCAUAGGGAGACAGUCAUGGGAAAAAAGAGUCAGUUGUCUUCAAAUGAGGACUUCAAGCCUUUAACUGAAACAACUCCCAAAAAACAGAGGGGCCUCUUCUCUGAUGAGGAAGAUUCUGAAGACUUGUUUUCAUCAACUAAAACUGUGAAAUCCAAAGCAACAUCUCUCCCCACCAACAAAUCCGUGGCAAAAACUUCACUCUCCUUGUUUGAUGACGACGAAGAGGAUCUCUUUGGUGUGGUGACUGCCAAGAAGCAACAGGCAAAACCCCUGGAAGAGAAAACAAAACAGUCGGAGCCACUCAAGAAAGCCUCUAGCUUAUUGUUCAGCAGUGAUGAGGAGGACCACUGGAAUGUCUCCAAGCCAGCUAAGCUUCCUUCUGAUGGUGACCGAAAAGAAGACCCUGCAAAACCAGCUAGCACCAUCAGUCAGGCUAAAGCUGUGAAGAAGACAAGCCUUUUCGAGGAAGAUGAUGAUGAGGAUUUAUUUGCAAUCACUAAAGAGAGCCAAAGAAAGCCACAGAGGGUAUCGCUGCUGUUUGAAGAUGAUGCUGUUAAUGGAGAAUCACUCUUCAGCUCCCAAUCAAUGCUACUUCCUUCAGCUGCUAAGACUGCAGUGGAGAAAGUAAAACCAGCACAAGCAUCACCUUUGUUUAAUGAAGAAGAGAAGGAGGCAAAGGAAAGUGUCCCAGAUGCAGCGAAGUCUAAACAGGUAGAAGAUAUGCCGUGGUGUUUAGAUGAGCCUGGAGCAGUUCCUGUGUCUGGAGGAGCAGAUGUUGAAGGGCAGCAGACAAAGGAAAAAUUGGAGCCUUUUGCAGCAACGUCCUUGGAACAAGUCAGUAAUUCAGAUCUGUUUGCCACGUCACCGCCAGCUCUGGAGAAAGAUGUCAAGACUCAGGCUAAAAAAGUUUUAAGCUUGUUUGAGGAAGAGGAAGAAGAAAGAGUGGAAGAUGAUGGCAUUACAAAUGCACAGAAAGAAAUUGAUGUGCCUUUUGAGAAAGGCACCCAUCCCAAAAGCACUGGAGUUUUUCAAGACGAAGAGCUUCUCUUCAGUCACAAGCUUCAGAAGGACAAUGAUCCGGAUGUUGACCUCUUUGCCAGCCCCAAGAAAUCCAUGUCUGCAAACCGUAUCGUGAAGCCAUCAUCUGGAGGAGGGCUUUUUGGAGAUGACGAUGAGGAUGAUCUCUUCAGUGCUACUAAAACAAAGCCUCCGAAAAUACCAGAGAAGAAAACAGUUGUUAAGGCCAGUACUAGCCCUUCCUUGGAAAGCAGUAACCUUCUGGAAAAUGCUUCAAGUGCCAAACAAGAUGAAGCUCUGAAGGCAGAAACCACAGAGAAAUUUACAGGUCCUGUUCCCAUUAAAACCAAAGAACCCUCAUCUCGGAUUGGAAAGCUACAAGCUAACUUAGCUAUUAACCCUGCAGCCUUGCUUCCUGGUGCAAUGCCUAAGGUUUCCAGUGUAAAGCCUCCCUUGCCAGUUUUGGAGACUCCACUGUAUGAGCCCAGCAAUGUACAGAACAGCGAAGCCUUCUGGGCUGCAGGGAACAAUGAAGAACUCGGUGUGAGCUUUGAUCAGCCCAUGCAAGCGGAUACAUUGCACAGUGCCAAUAAGACCAGGAUCAAGGUUACAGGAAAACGGAGACCUCCUAGCAGAACAGCCCGCCGUCUAGCUGCCCAAGAGUCUGGUGAGAGUGAGGAGGUGGACAGUGCUAAGGAAUUGCAAUCCUCGCUACCGAAACAGAGGUCAGCAGUAGUAGCCAUAAAGGAGCCCCUUGCUACUGAACAAGAGUCCAAGGAAAAUGGCUUUCUCUCUGGCUUGUCGCUACCAGCUCAUGGCAGCAUUCUCUCUGUUGGGACAGACAAACUCCUUUCUUCAGAAUCGACAGACCAAGGGGAUGAUCUGUUUGAAUCAGAAGACCUAUUUGCAAGCAGCUCAUCAUCUAGACCAGCCACACAAUCAAAGCCAAGGGAGGGAAUGACAGAGAGUUUGGCUAAAAAAACCAUUAAGGACAGGGAGAAAAAGCCUGUUCUGUCUGUUCUGGAUGAUCAGAACAGUGAUGAUCUCUUCCAGUCUGUACAGCAGAAGUCUUUGAAGAAAAAUAGCCCUAUUCCCUUUUUGGAGGAGGAGGAAGAUUCUCUCUUUACCUGUCAGAAAACUGGAAAGAAGGAGCUGAAAUCUGUCCAGCAAGGUGUUGACCCUACUGCCCAAGAUAUCUUUGAGGAUGAUAUAUUUGCUACUGAGGCAAUUAAACCAACAAACAAAACAAAAGAAAAAAUGCUAGAGACUAACCUGUUUGAUGAUAACAUUGAUAUAUUUGCGGAUCUCACUGUAAAACCAAAAGAAAAGAAGACUAAGAAAAAGGUGGAACAAAAAUCCAUAUUUGAUGAUGAUAUGGAUGAUAUCUUCUCUAGCAGUCCAGUCAAGAUACCCACUCCCAAAAGCCGGUCUUCUCAGGCAACCUUGGACGUGAAAUCUGAAAGCAAGGCACUGAGCACAUUUGAUGACCCACUGAAUGCCUUUGGAGGCCAGUAGCCAAGGGAAGGUGUUGCAGAGAGGAGGCCUUCCUUACCUCCCAUUCAGUACUAAUACUCUGGAUUAUCUAAUACAAUAGAGCUGAAAUGAGCGGGCUGUGGUUAUUUCAAUGACAGGCUACUCAUUUUACAUGGUUAGUAUCUUCUUGUACUGGGUCUAAUUGCCCUUAGCAAUAUAUUUAAAAAAAAAAAAAAAAAAAAAAAAGCUCCAACGGUAACCUCCUGCUAUCCUGUUUCCAUGGUGCCCAGAUGAAUAUAACUUGUGCAAUACCUGCAAUGAAGUAAUCUAUUAUACAAAGUAUAGUUUGUUUUAUUGAACAAAUCUACAAAGAGAAUCAUUGAUAUUGCUAAAUAGUAAAUGGAAUCUGUUUAAACUA